AGCGUUGGAUCGGCCUAAACGCCUGAAGCCGACGCUCGCGCUCGGCUUGUAGAUCGGUGAACCGCUUUGACGCUCCGAGGAGGCGGAGCCAUCGAUGUUGUCAUCGUCCAAGAUGAUUGAACGCCGAUGGCCUCAGAUUUUCACGCCUGAGAAGAAGUGAUUUUACGUGUCCUGGAUUGUACGCCGAUGCGAAGUUUACGGGCGAAAAUAUUUUUAAAACAACACCAAUAAGGCGGAGACGACGAGGCGCCCCGGACUGUGUGAUGUGUCCUCCCCCGACUCUGCUGUGCUUCUUCUGCACGGAGUCUCUCUGGCGACCAGCUCGUCCGUGAGAACCACCGCGGAUCUAGAUGGACGACCCCGACUGACCAGGACACUGGAGUUAUCUUCUAUGAGUCAUUGCUGUUAACUUAGCUACGAUGUCUGUCUCCACGGUAUUGGCAAAGGCCCUGUUUGACAACACAGCAGAGAGCCCGGAGGAGCUGGCUUUCCGGAAGGGUGACAUACUGAUGGUUCUUGAACCGGAGCAGGGCGGUGGGCCGGGCUGGUGGCUCUGCUCCCUGCAUGGCAGACAGGGCAUUGCUCCUGCGAAUCGUCUUCGACUCCUCCAAACCGCCCCACCCCCAGGGUCAGAUCCCCAUCGUGGCCCCGUUGAGGACUCUGUCUACCUGUCUCCUGUCCCCUCACUGACCCGGACUGUAGUCAGCGGCAGUGCAGAGGACAUGGAUGGAGUGUAUCGCUCCCCGCCAGGUGUUGGUGAGGCACGAGGAGCUGCUUUAAGGCCUGGGGAGCUCCGCAGAGUCGAGGGUGGGCGCCCACGCUCGCACUCAAGCUCUGGCCUUCGGCCAAGACCUGACUGGGACUUAGAGGGGGCGGGGCGUCCACGCUCACCCUCUCUGAGAGGCCGUGGCACAGAAGUGACAGGAACACUUUAUCAGACUCCAGUAAGUCCCAUGCCUUCAGCAGCUCAGCAUACCAGACAACCAGGAGCUCUCAUGGCUUCAGAGUCGGUGUACCUCGCCCCCACUGGAGUUCCAAGGGCAGCUGAUGAACCAGAGGACACUACAUAUCUAAUUCCUAGAGAAACACUAACAACUGGACACUCGGACGACUGUUAUUUGGUGCCCAAAGGCACGCCGCUUGCAGAUGACGAUGUUUACCAAUCUCCAACAGGAGGGAUUGUGUGCUCUAAUGGCCCCAGUGUAACACCUGGUACCCCCCAGCUGAAAGUGAGCCAGGACACACCUGCGAUGUACCAAACACCUACCCCUGUGGGAGCAAACUUCCACAGGACUUCUGCCACAGUUUUGGCCCACCAGCAUCCAUCUCAAUUAUCCCCUAUCCAAGCAUCUCCCAGACCUCUGCUCAAGGGAGUUUCACCCAACCCCGCUGUUGCAAGGGGCAAACCCAGCCUGGCCUGUCACCGGGGGUCUCCUUUGCUGGUCCGAGCAGGGCAGGUCAGGGUUCCUGGUUCACCAAACUUUGCCCGUAAACCUCCUCCACCAGCUCCUCCGGUGAGGGGAGUAACCAGGAAAGAUUCAGCACCAUCAUCGGCUGAUUCUAACGCUGUACCUAAACCCACUGCUCAGGUCACUUCUGCAAGCCUGCAGGAGGAGGACAAACAGAGGGGGGGUCCUCAGAGUAAGGAGGACAGGAUGAAUAAUGUCCUGGAGAAAAGCAACAACGCCCUGAACAAAAGAGGAGAUAAACCAGAUUACUCGGAUGAUGUGGAUGACCAGGUGUACGACACUCCUCCCAGUGGCAGGUGGCAGCGCCCUGUCCCAUCUUCCAUUGGUGGUGAUGAUGAUGAUGAUGGCAUCUAUGACACCCCUCGCAGUCUCCCACCACAAACUGAUUCUGAGUCAGAGGUCUAUGAUGUCCCCACCAUCACUCUCAAUAUGUCCACAUCAGAUGUCCAGCCUGAAGAAGUCGAUGAAGACGUAUACAGUGUUCCUACACUGCCAGGGGUGCCUCUGGGCCCCGGGGAGUCCACCAACAGCCUCUCUGGCGAGGAUGCUGGACAGGUCUAUCGUGUCCGAGGAUCCGAGAAACGAGUUAGCAGCCAUAACCGGGACUCUUCUGAACCCGACUGUGGCAUCUACGACAUGCCCGCGCUGACCGGCGAAGUGCUGCCUCACUCUUUGUCGUCGUCCUCCACCUCUACUCGCCGCCUCUCUGUUUCUAGUAACGGCUCAGGUGACGUGCAGUGGAGAGCCACACUUUCCAGCCUUGUCCACUCGGUGCUGAGCGCGGCCUCCUGCUCGGCCUCCGCUCUGUCGUCGCGCGACCUGGCCACCUCGCUGGCUGAAAUCCUGUCGACGUGGAAAGCGUGUCAUUCAGACGACCCGUCGCCAACUCUUCAGCAGGCAUGGGCUCGUCUGUCGGACCUCCUGCCGGCGCUGUCCGCUAUUGGCAGCGCUCCGCCGUCUGAAGGGCUGUUGACGCUGGUCCAGCGCUCCUUAGAGGAGAGCGCCCUCCUCUUGCAGGCGCAGGGCCGACCACGUUUGCCUUCCCAAGACUCCCUGUCCCGUCGGCCGCUGCCCGCGCUCCCAGUGCCUGAUGGGAAACCCUCAGGCGGUGGAAUGGGCUCCCGUAAAGGUAGCUGGAUACAGGAGCGGCCCCUGCCGCCAACCCCUCAUCCCGCCUUCCCCUUGCCUCCCACUCUGUCGACGGUGACACUGACAAUCGGCCCCGUUGAUGGUGACGAUGACCCCAGCAAUGAGUAUGCGGGGAUCGGCUUGACCCCGAUCCCUGCCCCUGUACCUACUGGGGACAGCGUUGGAUAUGUCAAGCUGCAGGGUAAACCUGAUCCUCUUCCUGAUAUUCUGAGUGAGAACGGACACAUACAAACCAUCAAUGCAGAUCCAACGUUGACCCCAUCCCCUCCACUUCCUGUGUCCCUCUCCCUGGAGGACUCGGAGCUGCUGUCUUUUUACUCGUCUCAGAGCCUCGCUCACCUCUCCUGCCUGGCAGACGCCAUCGACGUGCUGUUCAGCAGCGUGCAGGGGAACCAGCCGCCACGCAUCUUCGUAGCCAGGGGAAAGAGUCUCAUUGUGACGGCACACAAAUUGGUGUUUAUUGGGGACACGCUCUCCCGCCUUCUCACCUCCGCCGACCUCCGGGCCAAGAUCACAACCUCAGGGGGACGACUCUGUCAGGCCUUGAAGUCAGUUGUCGUGGCAACAAAAGGCGCUGCACAAAACUACCCGUCGGUAUCCGCCACCCAGGAGAUGGUGGACCGCGUCGCCGAGCUCUCCCAGCAGGCAGCUGGCUUCUCCACUCUGCUGCAGCGCCUGGCAGAAAUAUCUUCAUGAUAUUUCAAAUCACUUGCUUAAAAACUUUGUUUACACUACACAUAUAUAUUUUCUCCUUUUUGAAAUGCCUUAUUUGUUGUUAGACUCUUGCGUUUGAAUGGGAAUGGGAAGAAAGCGACGUUGAAACCCUGGAAGAAGUGUUUCGCCUCGCUGCAGCUGUUACUAAGAUGGGUUGUGAGUGUUGGUUCUGUCCUCCAAGUGUGUGUUGGCUUGCCUUUGUUUAUAUACUGACCUCCGUGCUUUGAUGCCAGGCACACUUGUCUUUUUUUGAGUGUUAACUUAUUGAAUAUUUGAAGCCCCUCCGUGGCUUUGAGUGUCCGUGCGGACUGUUUAUCUUAGGAACUUUGCUUUAUUAUGCUUGCCAUAUUUUCUUUCCCUCACAUGAUAGCCAUUUUCCUUCCUUCCCUUUUUUAUUUAUUCAGCCAUCCCCCCUGUUCCGAAAAUAGACCAGAACGAGGCCCAACAUCCUGGUUCUGUCCUACUUUCUACUGUUAACCUGAAAGGCCUUUUUGUGAUUAUUAUUCUGAAGCUGUUGAAGCGGCAUAUCAAGUGUUUUUGGGAUUUAAUAUGGAUGAAGUUGUGGAGUAGGUAGUGUCCCUGACUUCCAUUCAUAAAUCUGUGCAAGUAUGUGUUGUGUUGUUCCCAUUUCCACUAGAAAGCAAACUACAGUACAGCUUGUAAUCCACUCAGACAAGAUAACAAGAAACCUCUCGACACGUGCAGGCGUACACACCACAUGAAGAAAAAAAAUAAUAAUCCUGUCUGACAGAGAUAAUAUUCGAGAGUCAGUUCUGAUAGUUGGGGGAGGAAUUACCUAAUCCUGUUAUUUCCCACAGUCACAUGGUAACCUGGCAGUGGAUGAGAAACCUUUUCCAAGCUCACCUGUCUCCACAUGUCUUGUUGUGAUCUGGAUGCAUACCUUUCUUUGACUUUUUUUUUUUUUCAUGUUCAUUUCCCACAAGAUGUUCAACCCCCGUCAGCGGUGCUUACUCACUUCUGCUUUGAUCGUUUCAUGUCUAGGAGAAUCUAAGGCUGGGUGUAAUGAAUAUAUAAUUAAUAAUGUUAGCAGUGGAACACAGUUGAGUUGACACUUGCCAUUUAAAAAAAAAAAUAUAUAUAUAUAUAUAUAUAUAUAUAUAUAUAUAUAUCCUAGUAGAAACUGGGAAAUGAAGCACAGCAUAGUUUUUGAUAGAAGGGGGGAACUUUGCAUCUUGAAUCCAACAAAACACCCAUUUCCUUUCUCCAGACUACAUUAAUAAAAUAGUAUUAGUCUGACCUCUACCAUUUAUGUUUAUACAAGUUAUCAGAUUUUAUAUGUUGGUCUGUGGGAAAACGGCUGAUAAAACAUGUCGCAACACUACAAAGGUUGGGUUAUAAUACUUACAAAUUGCUCUCAUCGUUGGUCAUAUUUUUUAAUCAUACUUAUUUUUUUUCCUGCUUUAAGUCAGUAUCAUCAGGGCAUUGCAUACUUGUCUCACUUGUGUGGCUCUGUUCAGUCAUUCUUUGAAGAAUACUUAAUUUUCCUGCUUUUACAUCUCCUCUGCUGCAGUGCCACCAUGUGGAGGUUUGAGGUAUUAUUUAAUGAAUGCCUGCUUGGCAAAACGAGCUCUACACUAUGUAUGAUGAGAGCAUGAUUGGGAAGUAACCUUUAGCAGUAUAUUUAUUACUGUCAAAUUUUAUGUUAUUUGCUUUCCUGUUUGCAUGGCUUUAAUUUGCGGACAUUUUUAUAUAUGCACAUAGUUCGCCAUGGGGUGCUAUUACUGGGUAAUUUACAAAGAACAUUUUCUUUCAGAAAAAUAUGCUGCGUUACAAUUCAAAGAUGUGGCUGUUUUUUUCUUUUGUACAAGGAAUUUUUCUACACUACGUGAACUCAUAUGAGUCUGUUAUCUGUAUUUGCUGAGGUCUAGAAGUGAAUCUUUGACUUUUCUCCCACAGUAAUACACCUCUUACAUUUAACACUA